AGUUGACUGAGUUCGGUUUCCAAGAAACAUAUUCAAGAAAUAUUCUUCGACGUCGACCAAGUGCUGUGCACUACUACUAGUGCAAGUAAGUACUUAUCAUGACCCCGUCUCUUGCAAAAGUGGUCCCGCUGGUGCAGCCAGCACCACCGCCACCCCCACCACCAACGCUGCUUCAAGUCCAACAGCAAUCACCCGGUGCUCCUGGGGCCGCGGGUAUCAAAAGCAAAUAUGUCUGGGUCUGGAAGAGUGGAAGAUCAAGAUUUGUCAUGCAGGUUUUCCAUGACGACCCAUGAGGUCUGUAAUGCAUGGUCUAGCAUUCAACGUUUGUAAGAAUAACCCAACAAGGCAACGCUGGAGCUCCACCUUGCUCGCGGGCUUGGCUGGUAAAGCAGGUCAGCCACAUCUAGCGCCCACUGGCCGUAUGCACGCGUAAGAAAUCGGAAACGGUUCGGCGGAUGCGGUCGGGUGGUACCUGUAGGACGUGGAACGGGUGUCCACCUAGGGGUAUUGGCAGAGGCUAAGCCUGUUCUAACGCCACGGUAUUGGCAGAGGCUAAAUCUGUUCUAACGCCGCCCUGACAGGAGUUAAAGGUCAAAGCGAUACGAUACGACGUGGCAAAAACUGGACUCCUCUUGUUAGUCAUGCAAUACAGAUUUUUUUGGAAUCCAAAGACAGCUUCACAAGUUACCACCUUCAAGAUGACCCAGACGCUUUUGCAUUUGAUAGCGGGAGGCGCAACACAACUGAAUCGGUCCGGCUCGUCCCAUAUGCAUUGCAAAAGCAUCGUACUAGUAUAAAUCGCAUGACAAAUUUCCUUAGCAUGAGAAAUGAGAUUUGUAAUGCGGAUUUACCUUGAGGAUGAGAUUUGUAAUGCAUGAAUGCGAUUAGUACGAGUACGAUACUUUUGCACAGGAUAUCCCAUCAUGCGCUGGGCGGUUCUUCACAUCAGCAGCC